AUGAAGACAUGGAGUGAGGAAUGGAAGGCCGCGCGGUUACGGCUACAUCUUCGUGAUAAGCAGCUUAUCCAGGGCGAGACUGUAAACAUGCAAGUUUGUGCCGACGUGAUGCUAUCAUCGAGUGGUUCUAAAACUCUCCAUAACAAGCUCAAGGAGACCGAAACGGCUACGCAAUUACUACAACGCUGGCGUGAACAUUGUGACGGUGCUUGCGUCCAUAUUCAGGUUAUAGAGGUCUCGAAACCCGACUCAGACGCAACCAGCUCUGCUUUAUCCCCAGCCAUCUUGUUCCGGCAAGAGACGCAGAUUAUUCACGUCUCUUUGGACGAUGCAGGGAAUAGUGAAGCUGAGCUGGUCGUGAUGUUGGGUAUUCAUUUUGAUUUGACCAUCCAUCACGAGUUCUGGGAUCGGUCAGUACUGCUAACUGUGCACAUGACGCCAAAGAUCGGCGUUGUUCAUGUUGCUGAAGGAGCUAACAGUCUCGGGCUACUGAGCAUUGGAUUGAGAGAUCCUGCUGGAGCUUCGCUGCUUCGAGACGAAUGGGCGAGGUCACAGCUGCUUUCGCUCACUCGGAAAAAAGCUCAGCCGACGCCGCUGAUGACACGUCGUGUCGAGCAGCGCAUUGUCGUCACGAAGCCGUUGCAGCUUGAAGUCAAUAUACGUGAACUGGCUGAACGGCGUGUAGGGAUCUUGGCUCAAGCCUCAAACACACACUCGAAGUUGGCAUUGGCGGUGACAGACGUACACAUUCAUCUGGAUCAAUCGUUACAGGCACAGGACGCGGCGAGCGGAGAGGUGAGUCGCUUUUGCAUCGUGAGUGGCGAUCAGGUGCCAUUUCCAGUUAUGCUACAACCUCAAGAGUGCUACAACUUUCUCUUUGUACUGGAGCCAACAGAAGUCAUGAUGCGCGAGGAGUCUGGUGACGAUGAGCAAGGGACGGUGAUGUCGACCACGCUGCAAAAGAAAUUCGAGUCACCCGUAGCACAUCGGGCGUCAUCCACUCAGCAGCAUGCUUUGCUGAAGCUAUCCUGGCAAGCAAAUGCCGUCUCGAUGAAUGAUAUUACGGAGGAUCAUACAAUUGUUUGGUGUCCAAAGGUACCCUCACAUUCGUUUUUUUCCUCGCUUCUAAGUGGUGAGAAUGAGCCACAGACGGACUUUCAAAGUCUGGUGACCUAUGUACUAAAAGGACACGUCAAGCAAGGUGAGAAACCCAAUGCAGAUUUUAAAUGUGUGCGCCUUUUGCCGGACUCAGCGUUGCAGACGACUAUUGUACCCCUUGCAUCCAGCAUAUCGAUUGGGGAUGCCGCCAAGGUGUGUGUGACGGUGACAAAUCGCUCGAUGCGCAGUGAUUUUGACUUAACACUAGUGCUCCCAACACGAAGCAAAGAUGGUGGAGGUCGGACUGAUGGUGCUGCUGCACCCGCAGCUGUGGGGUUUGAGUCAUCUCACCGAUUGGGUCUGGUUCGUCCAGGCAUGAGCAUCAGAAAAUGCUUGCACCUUGCAUUUCUUCGGUUGGGCAAGUGCAAAAUGGGUCCAUUGGUGCUGGUAGAUCACUUGACACAUACUUGCUUCGUAUCUGACGACUGGAAGGUUUUUGUGAGAUUGUAA